AUGAAAAGUUAUUUAUCAAGCACUAGUACUACCGAUUAUAAUAACGAUAAUAAUAGUAAUAUCGACUUUAAUAGUAAUAAUAUUCAAAGAAGUAAUAACCAUAUAUUUAGUUUGGAAAACCAGAGGUACUUUAAUACUAUUUCAUCCUUGAAUAAAAUAAAUCAAACAAAUUAUAGAUUUACUUCUUCAGUUUUAGGUAUGGAUGGUAACAAUAAUAACAUAAAUAACAUCAUUACUAACACUAAUAAUAACAAUAAUAAUAAUAAUAAUAAUAAUAAUAAUAAUAACCGGAAUGCUGCAGGUAUUAGUACAACAGAUUCUGUAACGAAUAACUUGGAAGCACCUGGUAUUUCUUCAAAUAUUAAAGAACAUUCCAAAAUUAAUACCGAUGACUUAACUAUUAAUAAUGUCUCAAAUAAAGAUUUACAAAAUAUUGAAAAUAUAUUAUCCGAUUCAAACCCAAAUACAAAUCCAACUAGUGGAACUAAUUCUACUACAGGAAAUUCGGUGACACAACAAGCAACUUUCGAUUCAGCUACACCAAUAUCGUCAGUCACUUCAACUUCCACUUUUGAUAACAAUAAUCCAUUAAGUGUUCCAAAAUUAGAUUCUAAGCAAACUUCCAUUAGGGUUAAUAGUACACUUUCAACAAAAUUAAGAGGUAACAGUGUUCCAACUACAGAUUCUUCUUCUUCUUCAAUUAAGACUAAUUAUGUCUCCCCAAUUUUGAGGCAAUCAAGAAAGAAAUGGAAAAUUAUUGAAGAUAUUUCUUUAUUAAAUGUCAUAUUAUUAAAUUCUAAUUUAUUGAAUUAUAUGGAAUAUUUCAAGCCAAUGAAAAAUUUUUGGUUAAAAAUUUCAAUUAGUUUAAAUGAAACUUUUCAUAUUAAUAGAAAUUAUCGGCAAUGCCAUGAUAGAUUUAAAGUAUUGUAUCUAAAAGCGCUAAAAUUGGAUGAAAAUGAAGUCAAUAAAUUAGUACCUAAUAAUAAUAUUGAAGCAAUAUCCAUUAAUGCCUUAAGGGAUGAUAUAAGUCUUGGCUUGGAUGAUGAUUCAAAAUUAAAUAUUUUACUGAUUAAACUGAGAAAUACUUUUGUAUUUUUAAAUGGUAAUAUUAUCUUAAAAUCUAACUCACCUUCUAGUUCUUUAAUUGUAGAUUCUAAUCCUGGAGUUAGCAAGUGGAGCAUAAACAAACCUUCACCAAAAUUUAAGAUCCCACGGACAGAAAUUAAUAAUACUAAUAGCGCUAUCCAUCAAAAUUUUAUUCAGAAUAAUAAUGCUAAUAAUAUUAGCAAUAAUAAUAAUAAUAAUACUGGCGAUACUAAUAAUAAUACUAACGACAAUUUCGACAAUUCCCCAUCAAUAUCCAAUAUCCAUCCUUUUCCUUAUUCAGAUAAUACUCAAACUCCAAAUGAUAGCAAUUAUACGAAUGCUAUGUACCAGUCUAUUUGUAAUGUAUUAAGUAAUUUGCAAGAACAGAUUAACAAUUUAAGAACACAGGUCAUUAAUAAUAAUAAUAGAUUAAAUGAACAACAUAUGUUUUAUGAGAAUCUACUAAACAAUAGAGCAAACAGUAAUUUACAAUUUGAUCCGAACAAUGCCACCAAUAAUACUUCUAAUAGUAAUGGUAAUAUUGUUUCAGGUUCAGCAAUUAUGAAUGCAAACUUAAUGCAAAACAAUAGCAUUCUACUUAGAUCUACUAAUAAGUAUUUUAACCCAAUUUUCCAAAAUAAUGAUUUGAGAUACCCAACCUCUAUCAAUAAUAAUAGCAUGCAAGUAAGCUUAAGUCAAAACUCAAAUACUGAUUCUAAUAAUAAUAACAAUAAUGGACAAAUAUUGAUGAAUACAAUCCCUGGUAAUAAUGGUUUGAAUUCGACAAAUAUUAUAAAUGAUGGUACUAGUUUUGGUAGUUCUGGUGGUACAAACUCAACUGUUUCAUCUUCUACUUCCUCCAUGGUGAUGAAUGAAAAUUUUAGUAAUUACCUUAAUCGUAACUUGUUAAAUCAAUCGAACCAAUCGAAUUCAUCCAAUAGUAAUGGCGUUCAUCCUACUGGUACGAUCCCUGUUCAAAAUAGUCAUCUAAAUCAUUAUACUAACCAUAUGAAUAAUAAUAUUCCUCAUAAUAUACAAUUACCGUUAAACAUGCCGUAUUUACCAAAUCAAAAUAUUGCUUUCGCUGAAAGUGAUCCAAUAGCACCAAAUAUAGGGCUACACCCCAAUCAAACCACCACACGUAAUAAUCAUAACACUAGCAAUAAUCAUAUUAAUCGUAACAAUAGUAAUACAAAUAGUAAUAGUGUUAGUAGUUGUGAUAAUAGUAAUUCAAGUGAAAAUUCUAAUGGUUUGCAAACUAGUAGUAGUAAUAGUAGUAAUACUAUCAAUAAUAGUGAUAGUGGAAGUCAAAAUAUUAGUACUUCUGAUGAUCACAGAAAUAGUAGUGAUGAAAACGAAAACAACACAAAAAGCAGUAACUCAACUACGAACAGUAGUAGUAAUUCCACUGGUAGUAACAAUGAAAACCGUGUUAAUGUUACCCUUUGA